AUGGACAACACGUCGUGGCCGCGUUGCCGCGUCCACGUACAUACACACAUAACAUCUGUAUGUGUUACUUCUGCCACUCAAGCUGACGUUACUGUCUUCAAGGCUUUCCAAGAAACCUACCCAGAAUUCUCUAGAUGGUUCAACCAUAUUGCUGCUAAGGCCGAUGAAUUCGAAUCCUUCCCAGCUGCCACCGCUACCCCUGCCGCUGAAGAAGAAGAUGACGAAGACGUCGACUUAUUCGGUUCCGAUGACGAAGCUGAUGAAGAAGCUGAAAAAUUAAAGGCUCAAAGAAUUGCUGAUUAUAACGCUAGAAAGGCCGCUAAGCCAGCAAAGCCAGCAGCUAAAUCUAUUAUCACUUUGGACGUUAAGCCAUGGGAUGAUGAAACUGAUUUGGAAGCAAUGGUUGCUAACGUUAAAGCCAUCGAAAUGGACGGUCUAUCUUGGGGUGCUCACCAAUUUAUUCCAAUUGGUUUCGGUAUCAAGAAACUACAAAUUAACUGUGUUGUUGAAGAUGACAAAGUUUCUAUGGAUGAUUUACAACAAGCCAUUGAAGAAGAUGAAGAUCAUGUUCAAUCUACCGAUGUUGCUGCUAUGCAAAAAUUAUAA